AUGGCGCCCAAGAAGUUUCAGUCUCUCGAUAGAUUUAUUGAGCAGCAAGGACCGGAUCCUAACCUUGUUCCUUCAUCAUUUGGAGGGUAUUAUGCCAAAACCGAUAGUGGGCCUUUUGGACAGCUGAAGCAGGAUCAAGGGCGUAAGAAUUGGAAUCAAGGGACUUCAUAUGCGCCGAGUGGCGCGCAUUAUGGGUAUAACUACCAGGGUGGUUAUCAAGGAUACCAGGGGAACCAAGGAUACCAGGGAACUCCUAACAAGAGGCGUGACGCUUCCAAUUUGAAUAGCCCCGAUGGGUCUUCUUGUCCGACCCCUUCUCGGUCAACCACAUCAUUAACAACGCUAAACAAUAGCCUGGCCGAGUUGGCUGUGUCACCGGUAUCGAAACACUGGGAAGCGUUGAAAAUGGCGCAUACGAUAGGCGAUGCAAAGAAAACUAUCGAUGCGUUAGUCGAGGAGUUCAAUAAGGAAGGGGCAUCUGCUAGGGACAUUGAGAACUGGGAUUUGGUUGAAGUGAUGUCGAAAUUAAUAAAACCGAAGACUCCAAGUAUUCUCCGUGAGUCUGUGAUGCUAUUGAUUAGCAAGCUCGCAUCUAUGUUUGCAGGCAGUGGGUGCCAGGAGUGCUAUUUGUUGCCGCUGGUAGCGUUGGCGCUUGAUGGUCUGGCUGAGAAGGAUACCACGGUGAGAUUGGCAGCACAAAAUGCUGUGUCACAACUGUACGCUGCGUUCUCUUUGGAAGCCUGGACUACUGUUUUGUUGCCUGCUGUACUGAACUACUUGAGCUCAGGUGCGAGAUGGCAAUCUAAGUUGGCUGCUUUGCAACUGGUAGACAACAUCAGAGAGGAUGCGCCAAACGAUAUGCUCGAAUUAACAUUUAAGGAUUCUAUUCCAGUAUUGACGGAUAUCGCCACUGAUUUCAAGCCGGAACUGGCGAAGCAGGGUUCUAGUUCAUUGCUGGAGUUCAUCUCCGUUCUAGAUAACCUUGACUUACAACCUCGUUACAAGAUAAUUUCGAAUACUCUGCAGGAUCCGAAGCUGGUCCCUGAAAGUGUGAAAUCAUUAUCCAGCGUUACUUUUGUUGCCGAGGUCACGGAACCUGCUUUGGCCAUUCUCUGUCCCAUUUUAAAUAGAUCUUUAAGUUUGUCUUCUUCAUCCCAGGAACAGUUGCGUCAGACUGUUAUAGUAAUCGAGAAUCUGACCAGAUUGGUGAAUAACCGUAUUGAGAUAGAAAGCUUUAUUCCUCAACUCCUUCCAGGAGUAAAAAAGGUUUUUGAAACGGCUUCAGAACCAGAAGUCCGUGAACUAGCAGAGAAGGCUCUUGCCGUCUUGGGCGAAAAUGAUACUCAGCAUAGAGACAGUUUCCCUGGUAGAAUUACGCUGCAACAGGGUGAGAAAUUUUUUAAGGAUGCGGUGGUUAAGUUAGAUCAUCAAAAGGAUAUCUCUGCUCCAGAAAUUGAUUACCUUACUUCCGUAUUGACUGGUCUAGCAAAUGUUAAUGAUUGGAAGAGGUUGGAGGGGCUACUUGUGAAGGUUUUCGGUGAAGAAAACAAGGAGAGCAUCCAGUCUAGCUUUAUCCACGAAUUGAGGCUAAUGUUUCACCAAGAAGUUGAAAACAGUGAUAAGGAUGAGGGUAUAGAAAUUGUGAAUACCGAUUUCUCUCUUGCCUACGGAUCCCGAAUGCUGUUAAACAAAACCACCUUAAGGCUACUAAAAGGUCACCGCUAUGGUCUGUGCGGUAGAAACGGGGCUGGUAAAUCGACAUUGAUGAGAUCGAUUUCUAAUGGCCAACUAGAGGGGUUUCCUUCUCCAGACAAAUUAAAGACUUGUUUUGUAGAAACUAGUUCGCAAGGAGAGGAUGAUGAAUUGGAUAUAGUUUCCUUCUUAGCAGCGGAUGAUGUAUUGAAACAUGCCUCUCGUAGAGAUAUUGUAUCAGCCUUGGAGUCCGUUGGAUUUGAUGAAUCCAGAAUAUCUAAACCCGUAAGUUCAUUAUCUGGAGGUUGGAAAAUGAAGUUGCAGUUGACGAAGGCCAUGUUGCAAAAAGCCGACAUAUUAUUGUUAGAUGAACCAACUAAUCAUUUAGACGUUGCCAACGUGAGGUGGUUAGAAGCAUAUUUGUUGCAGCAGUCAAACAUCACAUCAUUGAUUGUUUCUCACGAUACAGGUUUCUUGGACCAUGUUUGCACUGAUAUUAUUCACUAUGAGAACAAAAAGUUGGUAUACUAUAAAGGUAAUCUAGAAUCAUUUGUUCAACAGAAGCCAGAGGCUAAAUCCUACUACACCUUGACUGAUUCAAAUGCUCAAAUGCACUUCCCUUCUCCUGGUAUCUUGACAGGUGUUAAAUCUAAUACUAGAGCGGUUGCCAAAAUGACCGAUGUAACGUUCUCCUAUCAAGGUUCUGAUAAGCCCUCUCUAGCUAACGUUUCAUGUUCCCUUUCCUUGUCAUCUCGUGUCGCUAUUAUUGGUCCUAAUGGGGCUGGUAAGUCAACUUUAAUUAAGUUAUUGACUGGUGAGUUAGUUCCCUCAUCUGGGAAGGUUGAAAAGCACCCGAACUUGCGUAUUGGAUAUAUUGCCCAACAUGCUUUACAACAUGUUAAUGAGCAUCAUGAAAAGACCGCUAAUCAAUAUCUACAAUGGAGAUAUAGGUUCGGAGAUGACCGUGAGGUCUUGUUGAAGGAAUCAAGAAAAAUUUCAUCAGAUGAGGAAAGACUUAUGAUGGAAACAGAAAUAGAUGUGGGUGAUGGCAGAGGCAAGAGACACAUUGAAGCCAUUGUCGGAAGACAAAAGCUAAAGAAGUCAUUCCAAUAUGAAAUUAAGUGGAAGUGGUGGAAACCCAAGUACAAUUCUUGGGUUCCUAAGGAAGUUCUUCUGACACAUGGCUUUGAGAAAUUGGUGCAGAAGUUCGAUGAUCAUGAAGCUUCUAGAGAAGGCUUGGGUUAUCGUGAGUUGGUACCUAGCGUGAUCACAAAGCAUUUUGAUGAUGUUGGACUGGAUGCUGAAAUAGCAAAUCAUACGCCUCUUGGGUCUCUAUCAGGGGGACAGUUAGUCAAGGUCGUUAUUGCAGGUGCUAUGUGGAAUAAUCCGCAUUUAUUGGUUCUUGAUGAGCCUACAAAUUAUUUAGAUAGAGAUUCUUUAGGUGCACUAGCAAUUGCAAUCCGUGAAUGGGCUGGUGGUGUAGUCAUGAUCUCGCACAGCACUGAGUUUGUUGGCGCCUUGUGCCCUGAACAAUGGGUAAUAGAAAAUGGUACUAUGAUCCAAAAAGGGGUACAGCAUGUUGAUCAGACUAAGUUUGAAGAUGGCGGUAACGCCAAUGCUGUGGGUUUGAACGUUGCCAAGCCUGAGGAUGACGAUUCACCGGCCAACAUUAAGGUUAAAAGGAGAAAGAAGAGAAUGACAAGAAAUGAAAAGAAGGCACAGGCCGAACGUCGUCGCUUACGUUACUUAGAAUGGUUGUCUUCUGACAAGGGCACGCCUAAGCCUGUGGACACUGACGAUGAGGAUGGGAGUGACGAGGAGUAA